AUGGCAGAAGUGUUCCCAGACAACUCACACCAAGGUGUGGUGAAGGGUGGAGUAUCAAAGCCAUGGGAUCCUACAAGUCUAGCAAUUGGGGGAGCUAUGUUGGCACCUCGAGCACCAGCUCCAAGUUUAACUGGCCCUGUCCAUCCAUUGUUUGCACGCAAUAGAUGGGAAGUCUCUGAUGAGGACUACCAGCUCUUAAUGCCAAGUAUGCGACUUGCCACACGACUUUUAGAAGUCGGAAUGCCGUAUUUAGCAAGUUUUUUGCCAUCAAGCAUCAUAUUUGGCUCGCCGCAAGAAGUAUCGCACGCUGAACAUAGCCAUCUUGUCUGUCCAAAAGUGAUUCUGUUAAAACAAACCGUUUUGAUCAAGGAUCUCCAAGCAGCAGAGUUGGAGCUUGAAGCGAUCGCAAGAUGUAUCAAAUGGAGAUUGAAUGAUAGAAUGCAUGCGACUCGGAAUUGGAAUGGUGUCACAAGAAUAGUAGAUUACGGAGAAGCAGACUUUCACGAACUCGAUGAGAACGAGAUCAGGGAAUCGGAUUUACAAGCUGCUCAAGCAGGCCAGGUACGACGGCCACUCGUUAUUUCCAUUAUGGAUUUAUUAUUAGUACCAAUGCGUACCCACCCAGUUGAUUCCGAAAUUCGCCUUAAAGCACAGUUUAUGGCGGCAGUUACAAUGGUUCAUGAACUUGGACAUGCAACAUUCCUUCAAGAUUAUCGGUCUUUCAACCCACCUUUUGGUGAUGAGCCUUACGUUGAGAAAGACGUGGAUAGCGAACUAGGAAGGUCUUUCGUGAGCUGGAUUUUUAAUGGUUUCCAUCCUCAAUUUUGUGAAUCUUAUGACCAAGAUGCCAAGUUUGGUAGUCUGGGGUGGUCGUUGUAUUGGCAACCUUUAUUUAAAACCAAUAAAUUAUUUGGCAGAGACAAAGAACACAAGCGGCCAUUAUACGAAAAACUCUAUGCAAUUCCUGUCAAUUAUCUCUCAAAUACAUUUCGGCAGACUUGGUGGGAAGCUAAUCAACGCGGUGUCCCUCUACAUCAACUUGCUGCGACCUUGAAAAAGAGCUUAAAUUUGGAUUACAGUGACAAAGCCGGGGCUGCCAUCUCCGUGAAGGCAAAUUGGUGGAUGGAUCCGAUUGCGAAACUUCCUAGAUGGAAAGGCCACUAUAGAAUUACAAAGUUCUCUUCAGGUCAGCCUGUCCAAGGACUCGUAAAGGACCAAAUCGUCGCGCAAAUGAAAUUAGAAAAGCAGUCCUUUACGUUCACUCUACAUAAUGAAAUAGAUAAAAAUUACGAUGCUGAGCUUGAAAGAUUGCUACGAGAACAAACCCCCUGCUCAUGGGAAGACAAGGUCAUCGCAGGGAACGAUAACAGAACGGUAAUUGCUUAUAGCAUCGAGACGCACGAUGAUGGAAUGCUAGAUGAGGAUAUAGGUUACAUUCAAGAUGAUGAUUCUGAAAUCGUGACGCAAAUCGAAGUUCGCUAUCGUCCGACGACAGAUUUUCAGCCUAGGUCGACAAAACUGAUUCCACCAAACAAAUUGGUGGAAGAGGCUCGGAAAGAGGUUUGGGCUGAGAUAGCUGCCGAAGAAAAAGCAGCAGCCUCUGAGAUGUUCUCAUCAGGUCCAAAGGUCAAAAAGCGCGGAAGCUUGAACAGUUUUCUCUCAGGACCAAGCAAACGCUUGAGAACAUUUGUUGAAGCAGAUAAGGUGGAUGAGAAUUCUACACUUACAGAAAAAGUUUUGAAAGCACUUAGCCAAGCAUCGGCAAAUGAGAUUGGCCAUUGGACAAGAAUCCAAGCAUGGUAUUAUUGCUUGCAACAUGGCCUUUCGUUGCUCCAGUUACCUAAAACUGCUGCAGCACAACAAGCAAAACUGGACAACGGUACGGAAAUAGGGUAUAAAAUCAUGCGGAAAAUACAGUACCAUCUACUAGAGAAACUUUGGGGAGAGAUUCAUGACAAUGGCUUAAACCCAGAGUCGGUUCUUGUAGCACAGUACAUCCUUGGCCUGAUAGAUUUCUUUUUGGAUGAAGAUAUUGACAGUUUAGCUAUAAGAUUGAAACUACUUAUUCCAACUACUCCUAGUCAGAGGGCGGACGUCAGAGCUGCGGCUAAACGUUACUUUGAAAGAGUAAUCAAUGGCGAGGAAUUGAGGCAGCCCUCACCUCGAUUCGGCCUCACUUUAGAGCAGCAACUAGCGCCUCUACACAAGUUGGCUCCAGAACCAUCCCAGUGGUCAGAAGAUGAUUUAAGAUCUUGGUGUCGCCACAAAUCAAUUCCACAGUGGGGAUCCAUCUCUGGCUUGAUCACCCGCAUCAAUCGUUUCAGAGAGGAAGAGAAGAACGUCAAAGUGGGUGUAGCCGGACGAAUUAAACCUCCUCCUGGUAGGACUGAUCGUACUGGCACUGAAGUUUAUCGUUUCAGCGCGGUCCUCCGACAUAGUUCUCUUGAUGCUCUCAAAAGCUCUCUUUUUAUUGCCGGUAAUUUUCCUUCAGACACCGAACUCGAUCUCUGGGUUAAUUCGGAUCAUGUCCUUCAACCCGGUCCCUUAAGUGAGCAGAUCUCCACCGUAGAUUGGAAGCGUCUUGUUCUACGCGCAUGGCGUACAGCAACUCCUAAAGAACCAAUCAAAAUCAGCCGAGAAGAGCGCAUUGAAAAGAUAAAUAGACAUAACGAACUCAUCGACAGUAAACUCCGAAGUGAACAGCGAAAGUCUACAAAAGAACUGAUAAAUGAAGAAAUAGUAAUAGAAUAUCCACAUCCCGGUUCCGUUCUCAACAAAGUCACGGAUAUUUCUCAACGCGCACUCGCUUUAACUCGUAUUCGUAAUGCGCCGGGUACAAUACCAGGACAGAGUUAUAAGAAACACGAUCGUGCUCAUUUAAUCAAGGGGAGACAUUUGAAUGAUAUGAUGAUGGAUUUGGAAGAUUUGGAGACGAAGGUGAAGGAGAGUAGGGAGAAGAAAACGGGGAGUGGUGAUAUGGAACAGAGGGAAUCGAGGCAUUGGAAGGAGUUGAGCGAAAGAGAGGCGAGGAGAAUCACGAAUAUGAAGUUGGUGGAGAAUAGGUUCACGAAGCAAUGGGGGACAGGUGAGAGGUUGGGUGUGGGCGAGGAAGAAGUGCCUGAGGACCUUAAGGGAAAGAAGGGGGAGGAUGUGGAGGAAGAUGAUUGGCAUGAGGAUUAUGUGUGA